GUAUCUGGAUGUUUGAUAACAAUAUGGCGGAUGUUCCGAGUGACGCUCCUCAGCAUUGUCCUGGAACAGGCAGUGAGGAAGCCGGCAAAUCUUCAGCGUGUCAAGGAUGUCCGAACCAGACCAUAUGUUCCUCUGGUGCUCCCAAAGCUCCAGAUCCUGCUGUAGAGGAGAUCAAGCUGAAGAUGUCCACGGUGAAGCACAAGCUCGUGGUUGUGUCCGGGAAAGGAGGUGUGGGGAAAAGCACCUUCAGUGCACACCUGGCCCACGCCCUGGCUAGUGACGGAGUCACAGAGGUGGCUCUGCUGGACGUGGACAUCUGUGGACCAUCAAUACCCAGAAUAAUGGGGCUGGAGGGAGAGCAGGUUCAUCAGAGCGGCUCUGGCUGGUCUCCCGUGUAUGUAGAAGAUAACCUGGCCGUCAUGUCCAUCGGCUUCCUGCUCAGCAGUCCCGAUGAUGCUGUGAUCUGGAGAGGACCGAAGAAAAAUGGCAUGAUAAAACAGUUCCUGAGGGAUGUGGACUGGGGUGAUUUGGACUACCUGAUAGUGGACACGCCCCCUGGAACCUCUGAUGAACACCUGUCUGUAGUGCAGUACCUGAGUGGAGCAGGAAUCGAUGGAGCUGUUGUCAUAACAACACCACAGGAAGUGUCUCUCCAGGACGUCCGGAAACAGAUCCGAUUCUGUCAGAAGGUCAAGCUGCCCAUCAUCGGCGUGGUGGAGAACAUGAGCGGCUUUGUGUGUCCCAAAUGCAAGAAUACGUCUCAGAUUUUCCCUCCAUCCACGGGAGGAGCUGAGCGGAUGUGCGAGGAGCUGAGUCUGCCUCUGCUGGGACGAGUUCCUCUGGACCCACGGAUAGGUCGAAGCUGUGAUGAGGGAAAGUCCUUCCUAAACGAACUGCCCAAUUCUCCGGCCGCUGCAGUCUAUCGGGCGAUAGUGCAGAGUAUAAAAGAAUACUGUGCUUCCGGUUCCACCUCUGACAGAAACCCAGACACGGCUAUGGAGUGAACGUCAGCAUCCGUGGCACAAAUCACAAUCGCUUCGUCAAUCUUUGAAUGUUUUCUACACAAGUUUCUCUUUUAUAGCCUUGUUUUUUCUCCGGUUCCUUCUGCAAACACACCUGAAAUCCGUACUCAGGAUGUUUGGCUUUAACGGAACAUAGCUGGGAAUACAGGAAUGCCUCAUGAGUCAUUUCUGGUCAUGAAUGCCUCACAGUAUUCCUUUAAAUUUCCUGUUCAUUUUCUCGAAGGAAUUAUUUAGAUCAUAAUAAAUGUGACAACUUCACUGGUCUUUCUGAUCCCUGAUCCUUCUGAUUCCUGAUCCCUGAUCCUGAUCCUGAAAUCCCUAAAAGAAUUAUUCUGAUUUUUUAUUAAUCGUGGAAACAGAUUCCAUUUCCAUCCGAGUUUCUGGGGUUAAAUGAACAGUUCCCUUUUAACACACAUCGCUAAACAUGAAACUAUGGCAAUGGUUGAAAUCUUCCUCUUUUAUAAAACACCGGCAAAGCAUUUAUAAAGAGGAAGAUUGAAACCGCUACCAUGAUGGAGGUGCAGAAUCUCCGAUCUGAAUUUUCGUUAACGUGCACUUAAAUCAAAUCCAACUCAUUUCCUACUCGUGUUUUCUAUCAAGUGUUCUGAAUUCUCCAUUCCCAUUGGUCAUUCGAGUGUGUUAGGGUUUCUAUAGCAACGUUCACACUGGCCCGUAUGGCCAACGCUCCAAAAUAGAUAAAAAACCUUCCCUGGAUCAGUAAUUACGCACUCUUUUUUAAAUAUUUAUGGAAGGAGUCUCCAGUGCGAGCGCUUUGUGACAAGAUUUUUAGGAACGUUUUCCGACAGAGGAGUUUUUACUCUUUAGGCUUUCACCGUAAUGAGAUAGCUGAUAUAAGGAAAGUGAGAAGAGGAACCGGUUUUUGCGCCAACAUUAAGCGUAACUAGAAAUGGAUAAAAAAAAAUCGUACGAAGCGUUCAUGAAUAAAUAAAAUAAAUGCCUUUCUGUGUGGAGUUUGCAUGUUCUCCCCGUGCCUGCAUGGGUUUACUCUGGGUUCCUCCCACAGCCCAAAAACAUGUACAUUAAGUUGAUUGGUAAUUCUAAAUUGCCCAUAGGAGUUAGUGUAAGUGUGUGUGGUUGUCUGUCUAUAUGUGUGGCCAUGUGAUGGACUGGUGACCUGUCCAGGGUGUACCCCUGUCUUUCACCCAAUGUGUGCUGGGAUAGACUCCAGCAGAUCCCCCUGACCCUAAUUAGGGAUAAAGCGGGUAUAGACGAUGGAUGGAUGGAUGGAUGAUAACAUUUUGUGUCGUUCAGAAAGACUUUUUUAAGAUUUUGAUUCACUUUUGUCUUUUGACUGCCCCCUCGUUUUUCUGCGUGUCUUUAAUCCGUCCUCUUUUUUUUCUGCAUGACCUUUAAAUCGUAGGUGAAUUAAGCUGAACGUGGAAACCUCGGGGAAAUUUUAAGAAAUGCUCUGAAAAGGUCUGAAAUUUCUAACCAGGAAAACGCCGAGGAGAAGAAGAAGAAACCUUUAUGUGAACACACUGGGAUUUUACGGGCCGAACCGGGAGCUCUGACAGAGGGAACAUUAACUUUUCUACUUUUUCUUUUCUUUUUCUUUUUUUUGUUAAUAAAUCAUUGUGAAAUUAUGCACAUUAUUAUUAGAGAAAAAGUAAAAAUGAUGAAUCAUUUCAA